CGUGGAGAUAAGACGUCAAGCCGGUCAUAAAGAGCAUCUUCGGACCAUCACUUUAGUCCACGCACAAAUACAGAUCGGGAAAUUACACAUCCUACGCAGUUCUUAACUCUGAGUGUUCAGCGCUAGGAGAUUGACGUUCUCGGCAUGCGAAGAAUCAAAUAAAUCAUUCUAAUUUCCGUCAAUCGCCUGUCGGUGUCAACAAAAAUCGACCUCUACACGGAGUCGAACAGACCUUCAAAAGCGCAUAGGAGGUAUCAUUGUCAAGAUGGAGCGUGAUGUACAACCGCCACUGGAGGCUCGGUCACCCAUGUUUCCAAUUGGGACUGAUCGUCGCCGCAACUCAAUAAGAACUAUAGCGUUGUUUCAGACGUUGAAAUGGCCCGCAACGAGAUAUAUGAUGGACCGAUCUCAGAGAGUAUCCCUUCCAGCAUUGUUUCCUUUUCCCACCGCCGGAACCGCAAGGACUCCACCACAAGCUUCACCUAUUUUCAGGAAGAUCAGGAUCACCCGGACUGGCCAAAUGAAGCUGUCAUAGAUGCCGAAAGUGACGUUGACAACUUAUCUGAUAUUGAGCCGAACGAGUCAAUUAGAUCCUCUAAGCGUCCGUCCUUUUCUCGAGACUCCGUCCAAGACCCCCUUCUACGAAGGUCUCUAUCAGCUUCGUCGCAUGAUUAUUGCCAUAGGGGCGAUCAAAGGGUAAGUCAAAAAGUCCACAUCGUUUCGGAAGACUUGACCAUCGUGAUUGCGGGGUUUUCGACGAGUCCCACCGGCCUGCUAUUGUACUAUCUCUCUUGCCUCUUGUCCCUCGGGGUAUUCUACCUCCUAUUUCGUUGGUUUCCAAAGUACCGAGUCCGUUUGAUGGGGAUGCCAACCCCUCUUCAAAGCUGUCAAUGGGUUGUAAUUGAGGAUCAAUGGAAUCAACUUGACAUUCAUACGGUCCAUACUGAAGUAUACGGUCGUCCCCUCUCCACAGUCUUCAGUCCUAACUACGAGUUCUAUGACGAGGACAACGACCCUACAAUCUCUCAGUUACGGUACAUUGAUUACAGAUAUCUUCGUCUUAUCUACCACCCAGCCGAUGACAAGUUCUGUCUAAUCGGUGGCUGGAAAGACCCUUCCUGGAAGAACGCGAAAGGGAUGAGAGCUGGACUGGAUGCCGAUGACCGUGAUAGCCGCGAACAGGUGUUUGGCAAGAAUCUCAUUGAUAUCCAGCAGAAAACUGCUAUCCAACUUCUUAUGGAUGAGGCUUUCCACCCAUUCUAUAUUUUCCAACUUGCUAGCCUUGUCCUCUGGUCGCUUGACCAGUAUUACUAUUAUGCUGUCUGCAUCUUUUUGAUCUCUGUGAUAAGUAUAAGUGCUACUAUAAUUGAAACCAAAGCAACAAUGAAUCGCUUGAGGGAUAUUUCACUGUUUGAGUGCGAUAUCCGUGUGCUUAGGAAUGGGUUUUGGAGAUCAGUCCCAUCUCGGGAGCUUGUCCCGGGUGAUGUUUACGAAUUUUCUGACCCCUCCCUGAACCAUGUCCCUUGUGACUGUAUCUUGUUAUCCGGUGACUGUAUUGUGAAUGAGAGCAUGCUCACAGGUGAAUCUGUCCCUGUCUCUAAAGUCCCACUAACAGACGAUGCCCUUAAAUACCUAAAUUUGAGUGCACCCUCAAUCCAUCCCGCUCUUGCAAGACAUUUCUUGUUCAGCGGUACGAAAGUUAUUCGAGCACGCCGUCCCCAAGGUGUUGAUGAUGACGAAGCUAUUGCUUUGGCAGUGGUUGUGCGAACAGGAUUCCUGACCACGAAAGGUGCCCUUGUUCGAUCGAUGCUCUUCCCAAAGCCUUCCGGCUUUAGUUUUUACCGGGACUCAUUCCGAUAUAUAUCCGUUAUGGCUAUCAUUGCGAUUUUAGGUUUCGUGGCCUCGUUCAUCAAUUUUAUUCGCCUCGGUCUUUCAUGGCAUCUGAUCAUUGUUAGAGCACUCGACCUGAUUACGAUCGUUGUGCCUCCGGCCUUGCCGGCCACGCUGAGCAUCGGAACCAAUUUCGCUCUCUCACGGCUUAAGGCACAUAAAAUAUAUUGCAUCAGUCCGCAAAGAGUCAAUGUAGGGGGCAAGCUAGAUGUGAUCUGUUUCGAUAAGACGGGUACUCUCACGGAAGAUGGACUGGAUGUACUAGGGGUGCGGAUCGUGGACCACAAUAGAAGAUUCUCCGACCUGCUCCCUAAGCUGUGUCUCGCUUCCCCGACAUCAUCAUAUACGGAUAGCAUUCGAGAUAUGAGCAGGUACAAUAACACCCUUUACACCAUGGCAACAUGCCACUCUUUGAGAGUUGUGGACGGCGAACUUCUUGGGGACCCCCUAGAUGUAAAAAUGUUUCAGUUCACCGGUUGGUCCUUCGAAGAAGGUGGGAGCCAUACUGAAGAAGCGGAUUCCGAGACGAUAUUACCGUCAAUUGCGAGACCACCCCUUAGUGAAAACCACCCCAGUGCUUAUCAGCGACAUAAAAUAGAGGCACCGCUAGAACUCGGCAUUUUGCGUACCUUUGAAUUCGUGUCACAUCUCCGUCGCGCAAGUGUUAUUGUGCGUCAGUAUGGUGACACUGGUGCUAGCACUUUCGUGAAAGGUGCACCGGAAAGUGUGAAGGCCAUAUGUCUCCCGAGCAGCUUACCUCACGAUUUCGACGAGCUCCUGAGUAACUAUACUCACAAGGGCUAUCGUGUCAUCGCUUGUGCGGCGAAAUAUGAGCCAAAACUAAGCUGGAUGAGAGUCCAGAAAAUGGCCCGUGCUGAUGCUGAAUGUGAUUUGGAGUUUCUCGGCUUUAUCAUUUUCGAGAACAAACUGAAGCCAAACACGGCUGAAACUGUUGCUGAGCUUAACAAAGCAGGGAUACGCAACAUAAUGUGUACCGGUGAUAACAUAUUGACUGCAGUAAGUGUUGCUCGCGAAUGCGGUCUAAUUAGUGGAGACGAACAAUGCUUCGUUCCUCGCUUCGUACAAGGCCAUCCUCCUGAUAACGUGUCCGACGACUGUCUUUGCUGGGAAAGUGUAGAUAAUCCAGCAUUGAAGCUUAGCCCGAGUACUCUUAUGCCUUCACUGGAUUCGACGGCUGUAGACUUAUCUAUACCAGGCAAUGCCUGCAGCCUUGGCCAUUACUCUCUCGCCAUUAGUGGCGAGAUGUUUAGGUGGAUCGUGGACUUUGGAAGCGAAUUGCUUAUCAAAAGGGUACUUGUGCGUGGAAAAGUUUUCGCGAGAAUGUCGCCUGAUGAGAAACAUGAACUAGUGGAGAAGCUUCAAUCACUAGACUAUUGCUGCGGAUUUUGUGGCGAUGGUGCUAAUGACUGCGGGGCAUUAAAAGCCGCUGAUGUCGGGGUCUCCCUAUCAGAUGCCGAAGCUUCAGUUGCUGCUCCAUUCACCAGCCGCCGCUUUGACAUAUCCUGUGUUCCGACGCUAAUCAGGGAAGGCCGAGGCGCCUUGGUCACAAGCUUUUGCUGCUUCAAGUACAUGAGCCUUUAUUCAGCAAUUCAGUUUUCAACUGUCAGCUUUUUAUAUGCUUCAGGGUCAAAUCUUGGUGACUUUCAGUUCCUUUAUAUCGACUUAUGCCUCAUAUUACCGAUAGCGAUUUUUAUGGGAUGGACCAAGCCAAACCCUGUACUAUCGCGGAAACGGCCCACUGCUGAUCUUGUAUCACGCAAAGUCUUAAUCCCGCUGCUAGGUCAAAUAACAAUAUGCAUCGUGACUCAAUUAAUCGCAUUCGAGACUGUUAAAUCGCAACCAUGGUUUCAACCCCCUCGGCUAGAUCUGGAGGAAAGCAACAUUGAGAAUUCCGAGAACACUGUGCUUUUCCUGCUUUCCUGCUUUCAAUACAUAUUGUCAAGUGUUGUCCUUAGCGUCGGACCGCCUUUCAGAAGACCGAUGAGCUCCAACAAACCAUUCCUUUCUAUGAUAAUUGUGGAUUUGAUGAUCUCCUGCUACAUGCUGUUCACACCCUCAAAAUGGCUGAAGCGGGUCAUACAAUUGACGUACCUGCCGGGAAGUUUUGCGUGGUGGUUGCUGACACUUGCUGUCAUGAGCUUUUUGUUCUCUUGGCUGGCAGAAAAGGAUCUUUUUCCUAGAUUGGCUCAUUUGCUAGGGCGCGUGUACACAGCGUUGCGACCAGAUCACCCCAAAAAGCGUCGCCAGUACAAGGUACUACUCGAGGAAAUGCAAGGGUAGAUGAACUUCCACUUUUGCAUAUCUCCUAAUAUUUCAAAUAUAUAGUCGUCAUCCUGACUUAAGAGUCUGACUGAAUGGUUCCUUUAAUGACGACAGAAAGCGCGAACCUUUUGUGUUAACAACUCGAUUAAGAUAUCUGAUGUAGUCCUCAAGAAAAUCGAUUGUCUUCCAAUCUCAACAAACCAGACCAUUAUUCAGGUCUGAGAAUAUUCGGCAAUUAAUGGUCCCAUGGAUGCUUCCAACCCAACAAAGCAGGGCCGUCUUUCUUCGCUCUGUACAUCAGCUAU